AGAGGUCAAGUUAAGACAGCUUAUGCACAUUGACAGGGCAUCAUAACAAUGUCAAGUUAUAUUUUUUGGGUUUGGCCACCUGGCAUAAAGACUUCAGGGUGCGUAACUUUUCCAUAAACCUGCAAUAACUCACUUAAAGUGCAUAAAAAUGCCGUCUAUAUCUCUUUAUCUGUUCCCUUGGCUUUUAAUUUAUGGUUAGACCUGCUUCACAUGUCUUCAUGCCUGUAUGUGAACGUCUGCCUUUGUGAAGCACAUUGGUGCAAAACCUGUUUGCUUUUGAAGGAAAUGAACUUGAAACUUGAAUCUCCAUGCAGCGCCAUUGAGUUUCAGUGUGCUGAGGUUUUGAGACAUCUAAAUAUCGACUACCACUCAGACGCAAUGGGGGUAAACAGAAUUUUGUGAUCUGCACAGUAAGAUAACAUGAGGAGAAAAACCUUUUUGGACUUGGGGAUGAACUAACCCUUCAUUCAGCCGACUCUACACUGACGGAAUUCCUCGCUCGACCUGUGACGAUGCUGACAGAUUGCCAGGACACAGGUCUGCCAGGUGACAAAAAUGUCCCUGAGCAACGGAUCCUCCAUGGCAGGAAACGAGACCAUAGUGGAUAAUCCAACUGCCACCACGAUGGGCGCCCUCAUCCUGAGCCUCGUCUUCCUACUUGGCUUCCCUGGAAACUUCUUCAUCGUGUGGAGCAUCCUGGCCCGCGCCCGAAAGCAAACAGUCACCACCCUUCUCAUCCUCAACCUCGCCAUCGCCGACGGCUCACUGAUGUCUCUCACCCCCUUCUUCAUCGUCUACCUGGUUUUGAAGAAAUGGGUGUUUGGGAAUAUAAUGUGUAAGGUCCUCUUCUACCUGUGUCUGCUCAACAUGUACGCCUCCAUCCAGCUCAUCAUGCUCAUGAGCAUCUACAGGCUGGUGGCCGUGCUGUGGCCGCAGCGACUCGGUCUUUUCACCGGCCGCAAGACGGUAUUGCGGGUGCUGGCUGUGGUGUGGGUGCUGGUGAUGGUCGCCUCCAUCCCUGCGCUGAUCUUCAGAAGAGUGGAGAAAGCAAGAAAUACUUUCGUGUGUGACUCAUUCCAUGACAGUCACAACCACGUGGUCCUCCAGUACACGCUGGAGCUCGUGCUGGGGUUUUUAAUCCCCUACGGGAUCAUUGUAGUCAGUUACAUAUGCAUCUUACGGCGGAUCCGAAACACCAAGUUCGGCCGUCGCAUUCGUAGCGAGAAGCUCAUCCUGGCCAUAGUGUUGACCUUCUGCCUCUUUUGGUUGCCUUACCACAUCAUCAACAUGGUGCAAGUAACAUGGGCUUUGUGUCCAGAGGGUGAAGUAAAACAAAUGCUGAAUAAAAUAUGGCACAGCAGCCGUGCUGUCACCUCUUCCAUAGCCUUCAUCAGCAGCUGUGCCAACCCAGUGCUCUACUUCUUCGCAGGAAAGUCGUACAUCCGGCGAGAGGGCCUGUCAUUCAUGGCUCGCUUGUUCGAAGGCACGGGGCUGGAUUCGGUAAGCAGGAAGAGCCGACAGAACAGCCAGAACAGCCGCGACAAAGACAAAGACACAGAUGCCGUCAUGCUAAAGCAGUAAAGAUCCAGGAUCUUUUCUGAACUGGUGCUCCAAUGUUGAACCAGUGGAGAGUGACAGGUAGAGGAUACAAGUCCAAAAGCACGCCUGAAACUGGAUUUUAAACCACUCAGGCCUGGUUCCUGACGGUUAAGAAGAGAUUCAGCAGCACUUCAGAUUCAUGAAUCUUUCUUCCAAAUGAGACUGUUACAAACUUUAGAAGGGAUGUAACUGGACCUACUGACCAGGGAAGAGCCUGCCGCCUGACGCAUCCUAAAGGGACAUUGUUGUGUCUGAGAUGGUGCUUAAGGACUGUACAUUUUAUAAUACUCGAGCUUUGAUCUGUUUUGAACUGUGGAGCGUUAUCCAGGACACUGACUCUCAUCACACCACCUAAACCCAAUUUAAUUCAACUAGAGCAUUUUUUGUGAGAUUUUUUUUAUUUUUAUGCACUUUUAUAAUUCAAGAUUAUGGUACUGAAAUGCUAAAUAUUGUUAUGCUUCAGUGAAGAUCACAGAUUGAAAGUUCAACUUUGUUUUUUUUUUUGUUUGUUUUUUUUGCAAUAUUUACACUAUUUGCAUGUUAUUGUUAACUAUCUUUAAAGUUGUGUGAGUUGAUUUUGGCCACUUGGGGGCAGUAGAACAAGCCAGCAUGGCCACAUUGCCAACAUCACCAUGGCAGCUCAGGCCAGCUCAGCUAUCGCCCUUAUUUCACAUUACAACAUACAUCAGUCAUUUAAUCCAUUUUUAACAUGAAAAUAUUAACCAGUACAGCUUUAAAGAGAAACCCCUAAACUGGAAUGUUUUAAUAUUUCACUGUGAGCAUGCAGUCUUAUAGAAAAUAAAAUCAGGAAAAAUACAAA